CCCGCUUUUGCCCCUUCUCGCUUUUCUAUUUGCAAAGGCAUGCCGUCCGAUCUUGACCGAGAUCUUGCCCCAUCCCUUUCGCGCCAGUCAGCCCAGUCGGACACGCGCAUACCACUCUCGCUCGCAUCUAUCACAACUGGCACUCCACGCUCACUACGUCGUUCUUUCGUGGACUAUCUCGAGCUUUCAAGCCUUCCAAUUUUAAUGGUUUUCGCGCGCUCGCUGAAAGCAUAGCAUCCUUCGACGAGACCAAAGCUAUGGAUAAGUACGAUAAGAUCGAGAAGGUCGGAGAAGGUACCUACGGUGUCGUAUACAAGGCUCGCAACAGGGAAAAUGGCGAUAUCGUAGCUUUGAAAAAGAUCAGGCUGGAAACGGAGGACGAGGGUGUCCCUUCGACGGCCAUCCGCGAAAUCUCUCUUUUGAAAGAACUGGACCACAGUAACAUUGUGCAAUUGAAAGAUAUUGUUCACAACGAUACCAAACUUUACAUCAUCUUCGAAUUCCUGGACCUCGAUUUGAAGAGAUACAUGGAUUCGCAGACGAAUGGACUCUCUCAGCCGUUGAUCAAAAGUUACAUGUACCAACUCAUCAAAGGAAUUUUGUAUUGCCACUGCCAUCGUAUUCUCCAUCGUGACUUGAAACCACAGAAUCUGCUCAUCGAUCAACACGGAAUCCUGAAGAUCGCUGAUUUUGGUCUCGCAAGGGCUUUUGGAGUACCUUUGCGCGCUUACACCCAUGAGGUCGUAACGCUCUGGUAUAGGGCACCAGAGAUUCUGUUGGGAGGAAAGAACUACUCCACAGCAGUUGACAUGUGGAGUAUUGGUUGCAUCUUUGCCGAAAUGUGUAUGCGUCACCCGUUAUUCCCAGGAGAUUCUGAGAUCGAUGAGCUGUUCCGCAUCUUCCGGACUCUGGGUACACCGAACGAGCAGACCUGGCCUGGCGUUUCAGAGCUGCCAGACUAUAAACCUACGUUCCCAGUGUGGUCCAAGCAAGAUUUGGCCAAAAUGAUCCCCAAUUUGGAACCCACUGGAAUUGACCUUCUUUCGAGGCUAUUAGAAUUCAGCCCAGCUGAGCGAAUCUCCGCAAAGCAAGCGCUGAUCCAUCCGUACUUCGAUGACGUAGAGAAGGACUAUUCGCGUGCCAUGUAAAAAGGUAAAGUCCUCUUCGACGUGGUUUCUAACACAUCGGAUCUCUGACGACUCACCUGGGGGUCCGCUCAUAGGUGUCCAUGCUAUCAGUUUGAGGGACGAGUAUGUAUAGAGUUGUAUGUCAGAGUGCCAUCCCAGUUACCCAGAUCUGUUGUCGCAAGCUCGAUCUACCUCCGCUCUCGCCUUAGGGAGAGAUAAGGGACAUUUUUGUAUAUUGUUUUCAUACAUGUUGUUGCACAUGGACGUUCACUGCUAAGACAUUCUGUUCAGCGCUCUUG